CCUUCUACAAUUAGAUGUAACGAUAUGGCUUUUCACUGGGUGUUACUACACUAUGGUGGCUUAUUGGGAAUGUAUUUUUUCUUGAAGAAUUUGGUGGUAACAAGCCUAUGGAAGUUAUAAAGAAUUAUUAUAAUCAGUUGAUAGGUAUAACAAUUAACGAUGUCUCGAACUCUAACUUAUGUCACUGGCAAUGCGAAGAAAUUGGAGGAAGUUAUGACAAUUCUUGGUACAAAAUUUCCUCGUACCUUGGAUAGUUUCAAAAUUGAUCUCCCAGAACUUCAAGGAGAAAUUGAUGAAAUUUGCAUUAAGAAGUGCCAAGCAGCAGCGAAGCAUUUAAAUAAGCCUGUUAUUAUAGAAGAUACUUGUUUAUGCUUUAAUGCUUUGCAUGGUCUUCCUGGUCCAUACAUUAAGUGGUUUUUAGAAAAACUUCAUCCCGAGGGAUUACAUAAAUUGCUCACUGGCUGGGAGGAUAAGAGUGCACAAGCCGUCUGCACUUUUGCCUACUCAGAAGGUGCAGGACAGGAAGUGAUUUUAUUUAAAGGUAUUACAGAAGGAACUAUAGUAGAACCCAGAGGUAGUCGAGAUUUUGGCUGGGAUGCUUGUUUUCAACCUAACGGCUAUGAUAAAACUUAUGGGGAAUUGCCAAAAGAAGUAAAAAAUCAAAUAUCGCAUAGGAGUAAAGCAUUGGAAAAUCUUAGAAAAUAUUUUGAAAAUGAGAAAUAAUU